GCCGUGUCGCCGGGCGCUCCCCCCUGCCCCGGAAGUGCCGCGCUCCCGGAAGCCGCGCUCCCUUCACGGUCUCUUUCCGCCGCCAUCUUGGGCCCCGCUCCCCGCACAAAAUGCCCGGCGAAGCCACAGAAACCGUCCCGGCCACGGAGCAGGAGCUGCCGCAGCCGCAGGCGGAGACAGCUCCAGCUGCCCCCGUUCCUGCUCCCAUCCCUGCUCCAGCUGUUCUUCAUGCUGCUCAUUCCCCACCUCUGACUCCAUCUCCAUCUGCCCCAGCUCUCCCAGUGCAGCCGCCCAGCGCUGCAGCCGCGGCUCUGCCGGGCCCCCCGGCCCCCACAUCCCCCGCUGUGGUCCCGGCCGUGGCCAUCCCCGUGUUCUCUGGGCCUCCCCAGCCCCCUACCCUGGCUUUGCCGGGCCCAGUCACCGCUUCCCCCGCUCCGGCCCCACCGUCCCCCGUGGGCUUUGCAGCCCCAGGAUCUCCAGGGCCCGCCCCAGUCAGCCCAGGAUCUCCGGGACUCCAGGCUCCGGUGUCCCCUGCUCUGGCUGCUGCUCCUGCUGCUCUCCCCUCUCCUGUGAAAGCUGCUCCUGCUGCCGUCCCUCUGAGCCCAGCAGGAGCU